CAGUUGCAGAAGAACUUGGUAAAUAUUGGUGCAGAGAUUACUCAGUGGAAAGCUCUAAAAAAACAAAAGAAAAUAAAGAGUGAUGAAGAACUAGCAUCUUUUCUUCUGAACAGGGUUCAGAUUGACACAUCAGAUGCAGGCAACCAGAGUUACAGGUUUCGCAAAAAUGUCCUAGAAAAUCUUCCUUGGAUCUUCAAGGAUCUUGAGAAUAAAGUAAUCAUAUUUCUGAAGCAUGAGUUGAAAAGGUUUAAGAAGAUAUUGAAAAAAGAAAACACACAAUACUUUGUGAAGGACUUUCAAGAGGACAGAAAUAACAUCAAAGAAGCAGUUCUUGAUAUCACGCUCUACUUUCUCAGAGAUAUGAAGCAAGACGAACUUGCUGAUACUCUGGAAGAUGAGCUGGUCUUCAUUCACCAACGACAACUAAAAUCAAACCUGAAGAAAAAAUAUGAAUGUGUAUUUGAAGGAAUUGCAAAGCACGGUGACUUUACACUUCUAAAUAAGAUCUACACAGAUAUCUACAUCACUCAGGGUGGAGGUGAACAAAUCAAUACUGAACAUGAGAUAAGACAAAUUGAGGUCACUUCCAGGCAUCUAGAAACAUCAGAGACACAGAUUGAAUUCAGAAAUUUGUUCAAACCACAUGAACGAGACCAAAAAAUCAGAACUGUGCUAACAAAAGGAGUUGCUGGCAUUGGAAAAUCUGUCUCGGCUCAAAAGUUUGUUCUGGACUGGACUGAAGGUAAAGAAAAUCAGGAUAUCAGCUUCAUAUUUCCUCUUCCUUUUCGAGAGAUGAACUUAAAGGAGAAAGUAAUACAAAGUCUGAUGGACCUUAUAAGUCAAUUUUAUCCAGAGAUAAAAGGACUGAACCUUUCAAGAAAUGAGAAAUUUAAAGUGCUGUUCAUCUUUGAUGGAUUGGAUGAAUGUCGUCUUCCUCUGAAGUUUGACAGUAACGAGAUACUGCGUGAUAUCACAUCUCCUGCUUCUCUGGAUGUUCUCCUAACAAACCUCAUCAAAGGAAAUCUGCUUCCUUCUGCUCUCAUCUGGAUAACCACCAGACCAGCAGCGGCUGGUAAGAUACCACCUGAAUGUAUUGACCGGGUGACAGAGGUACGAGGAUUCAAUGACAUACAGAAGGAGGAGUACUUCAGAAAAAGAUUCACUGAUGAGAAUAUGGCAAACACAAUAAUUGAUCAUGUUAAAAAAUCAAAGAGUCUCUUCAUCAUGUGUCACAUCCCAGUCUUCUGCUGGAUUUCAGCCACUGUCCUUCAGAACAUUCUGGAGAAGAAGAGAAACGAUCAGUCAGAUGACACAACCACAACAUCUGAAGAUACUCCUAAAACUCUGACACAAAUGUACACACAUUUCUUUCGCUUUCAGAUUCUACAGAGUAGAAGAAAGUAUGAAGGAGAAUAUUCAUCAGAUAUUUUCUGGGAUAAAGAGUCGAUCCUUUCACUGGGAAAACUGGCAUUUCAAAACCUAAAAGAAAGCAAUUUGAUCUUCUAUGACUCAGACUUGGAGGCCUGUGGCAUUGAUAUAACUAAGGCAUCAGUUUACUCAGGGAUGUGCACACAGAUCUUUAGACAGGAAACAGGGAUCAUUACUGAUAUUGUGUACUGUUUUGUUCACAUGAGCAUUCAGGAGUUUACUGCAGCUCUGUAUGCGCAUCUGUUUCUGGACAUUUCAAAGAAAAAUGUUUUUGUUCAGGAGCACACAGGACGGGAAAACAAUGAAACAAUGAUUGAUUUACUGAAGACUGCAGUGGAUAAAGCACUUGAGAGUGAAAAUGGACAUCUGGAUCUUUUCCUUCGCUUCCUUCUCGGUCUGUCGCUUGAGUCCAAUCGGCCGCUCUUACGAGGUCUCUUAACACAAGAAGAGAGCAAUGAACAGAGCAACAAGGAAAUAGUUAAGUACAUCAAGCAGAAAUUUAAAGAUAAUUCAUCUCCAGAGAGAUCCAUCAAUUUGUUUUACUGUCUGAAUGAACUGAAUGAUCAAUCUCUGGUGAAGGAGAUUCAAAAGCAUCUUAGAGAAGGAAGUCUCUCAUCUGCUGACCUUUCACCUGCUCAGUGGUCUGCUCUUGCCUUUGUGUUGCUGACAUCAGAAGAGGAACUGGAGGAGUUUGAGCUUCAGAAAUUCAAGAAAUCAGAUGAAUGUCUCAUUAGAUUAUCACCAGUCAUCAAAACCGCCAAAAAGGCUUUGCUAAAUGAUUGUAAUCUAACAGAUAAAGGAUGUUCAGCUCUGGCUAAAAAUCUGGGGUCAGAUAGCCGUCUGAAAGAGCUCAAUAUGAGAAAUAAUAAACUGAAGGAUUCAGGAGUCAAGCUGAUCUGUGAUGGACUCAUGAACACAAAGUGUGAAUUAGAGAUCCUGAGAUUAAGUGGUUGUGGUCUAACAGAAGAAAGUUGUUCAGCUUUAGCUUCAGUUUUAAGAUCAAAGCCCGUUCUAAAAGAGCUCGACAUGAGCAACAAUAAUCUACAGGAUUCAGGAGUCAAGAAACUUCACAACGGAUUAGAAAAUACAAACUGUCAACUACACAAACUCAGACUAUCAGACUGCAGUAUUGGAGAAGAUGGUUAUGUUGCUUUGACUAAAGCUGUGAGAUCAAACCCAUCAUAUCUGAUAGAGCUGGAUCUCAGUGGAAAUGAUCCUGGAGAAUCAGGAGUCAAACUCAUCUAUCAUUUAAUACAAGAUCAAGAUAGUGCACUCAAAAAAGUCAGAUUAUUACAGAGUCCUUCUGCAGUUGAAGGCUUCGAGUAUCUGAGUGAAACUCUUGGUAUAAAUCCUUUACUCCAGAGAGAUCUGAAUCUGAAUGAUCAUAAACUAAACAACACAAGACUGCUACAGAUCUGUGAUCUACUGAAGGAUAAACACUGUAGCCUCAACACACUCAUAUUAAGUGGUUGUGGUCUAACAGAAGAAAGUUGUUCAGCUUUAGCUUCAGUUUUAAGAUCAAAGUCCGGUCUAAAAGAGCUCGACAUGAGCAACAAUAAUCUACAGGAUUCAGGAGUCAUGAAACUUCACAACGGAUUAGAAAAUACAAACUGUCAACUACACAAACUCAGCCUGUCAGACUGUAGUAUUGGAGAAGAAGGUUAUGUUGCUUUAUGUUCAGCUGUGAGCUCAAACCCUUCACAUCUGACAGAGCUGGAUCUCAGUGGAAAUGAUCCUGGAGAAUCAGGAGUCAAACUCAUCUAUGAUUUAAUACAAGAUCAAAACUGUGCACUGAAGAAAGUCAGAUUUUUACAGAGUCCUUCAGCAGAAGAAGCUCGUCAGUAUCUGAAUGAAGUUGUUGGUAAAGAGAUUUUACUCCAGAGAGAUCUGAAUCUGAAUGAUCAUAAACUACAAGACUCAAGACUGCUACAGAUCUGUGAUCUACUGAAGGAUAAACACUGUAGACUCAACACACUCAUGUUGUCUGGAUGCAGUAUUACAGAGAUGAUGUGUGUUAAACUGAUGUCAGCUUUGUGUUCAAACCCUUCACAUCUGAAAGAGCUGAACCUCAGUGAAAAUAAACUUAAAGACUCAGGAGUAAAACACUUUUGUGAUCUACUGAAACAUUCAGACUGCCAACUGGAGAAACUGAAGUUGUGUGGAUGCAGUAUUGAACAUCCAAAGUUUGAUAAACUGAUUUCAGCUCUGUGUUUAAACCCUUCACACCUGAAAGAGCUGGACCUCAGUCGGAAUAAAAUCAAGGACUCAGGACUGAAUCUUUUAUGUAAUCUACUGAAACAUUCAGACUGCAAACUGGAGAAACUGAGCCUAAAUAAGUGUAAAAUCACAGAUGUUGAUUCUUUACUUAAGACUUUGGCUGAUACAACAACAUUGACGUUACUUGAUCUGGGUAACAAUAAAAUAAAAGACGCAUCAUUGAAUCAGCUUCAUGAAGUACUGAAGAGCUCAAACUGUGAACUCAUACGAGAAAGUAAAGGUUGGUUAACAUGGAGCUUAUUAAGGCCUGUGAUACGGGAUGAACCCUCAUUAUCAAAUGAAAAAAAGGAGGACACUUCAUCUCAAAAAAGCUUUAAACCAAAGGAUGAAGCAGAAGCUAAUCAGAGCACAGAUGGAUCAAGUGUAGACUGCAGUAUGAAGGCUGAAGUAUAAUGCAUAUAUAAUGUGUUGACAAAUUCAAAGAACAUUCCUAUUGCUAAAGUUGCUAAUAAAUAAACCUACAGUGUAAAAAAUACUUUGCUGCCUUAAAAUGUUUUGUCAAAUCAACUCAGAUUUACAAGUCAUGUCAACAGAGAUGAGUUGUCACAACUUAUAAAAUAUAGUUGAGAAAAGUCAACUUAAUUUUAUAAGUUAUAACAACUCAUCUCUAUUUUUUUACAGUGUACAGUAUAAAGUUUUGUGACACCGAGUCUGUAUUAAUAGUUAGAUUAUCUUCAUUAACAAUCUGAGAUCCUGCUGGAUUACCUGAAUGUUUAACAGGUAGAGAGUUACUGCUGUCAUUACAGAUAAAACAAACCAUGCACACUGGCUACUUGUUUAGUACAGACAUUAAUGGGUAGUUGAGUUCAUUCACAUAAA